UAUUUUUAUCAAACACAGCUUAAUAUUGCUGCAACCCAAUAAUACCUCAGCCCUGCCAUUUAUACUUCCAUCUCUUCCUCUUCUCCUGAGGCAGGAACCAUCACCUAUUCUCAACUCUUCACUCCCUAUAUUAUCUCUUUUAGUUUUAUUCCUUGAUCAAACUUAGCUUUUGUAUGAUGGGUCUUCAAUCUCUAAUUCUCUUCCUCAUCAUGAUCUUAUUUCUUUCUCACUUCAAUCCCUCCUCCCAAGCCACUGAGGUUAAUCAGUCUCAUUUCUUUACUCUCAUGAAGCAGUCAAUUGCGGGCAAAUCUCUGUCUCGUUGGGAUGUUGAAGUUCCCUACUGUAAUUACUUUGGAGUUGGCUGCAACAGUCAUGGAGAUGUUGUGAAGAUUGAUGUGUCCGGGUGGUCACUCAGUGGAUAUUUCCCUGCUGAUGUCUGCUCUUAUCUGCCACAACUUCGCGUUCUUCGUCUUGGGCAAAAUCUCCUCCAUGGCAAGUUCCCAGCUAGCAUCAUCAACUGUUCUCUCUUGGAAGAGCUUAAUAUUACUAAGUCAUCUCUCACUGGAACACUGCCGGAUUUCUCACCUAUGGUAUCUCUCCGACUGAUUGACCUUUCAUACAACCACUUCACUGGGCAGUUCCCCAUGUCUGUUACAAACCUCUCCAAUCUAGAAGUGCUCAAUUUCAAUGAGAACUUCAAUUUCACCCUGUGGCAGUUGCCAGAAAACAUAUCUCGGCUGACAAAGCUCAAGUCAAUGAUCUUGUCAACAGCCAUGGUGCAUGGGAAAAUUCCACCAACGAUUGGGAACAUGACUUCACUCAUCGACCUUGAAUUGAGUGGUAAUUACCUUGUCGGCCAGAUUCCUGUGGAGAUUGCAAAACUCAAGAACUUGCAGCAGCUGGAGCUUUACUAUAACCAGCUCUCUGGUGAAAUACCAUAUGAGCUUGGAAAUCUGACACAGCUCAUUGAUUUGGACAUGUCCGUCAAUCGACUGAAUGGAACAAUUCCAGAGUCUCUCUGUAAGCUUCCAAAUCUUCAAGUACUGCAGCUGUACAACAACAGCCUCACCGGAGAAAUCCCAAGCAUGAUUGGAAACUCAACUACUUUGAGGAUACUAUCCCUCUAUGACAAUUCCUUGUCAGGGAAAGUGCCCCUGAAUCUCGGGGCUGCAUCAAAGUUGAUUGCUUUGGACUUGUCAGAGAACAAAUUAUCAGGGGAAUUGCCGCCAGAUGUUUGUAAGGGAGGUAAAUUGAUGUACUUUCUUGUCUUGCAAAAUCAAUUCUCUGGUCAGCUACCUCAGACUUAUCAGAAGUGUAAGUCUCUUCUUCGAUUUCGAGUUAAUUCCAACUUUCUGCAAGGCUCAAUCCCUGAGGAGCUUCUGGGGCUUCCCCAUGCAUCGAUCAUUGAUUUGAGUUCCAAUAAUUUUGAAGGUCCAAUUUCAAGGACAAUUGGAAAUGCUAAGAACUUAUCAGAGCUGUUCAUACAACGCAACAGGAUUUCAGGUGUUAUACCACCAGAAAUUUCUCAUGCUGGUAAUCUGGUGAAGAUUGAUCUCAGCAACAAUCUCUUAUCUGGACCUAUUCCCCCCGAAAUUGGCAACUUCAGAAAGUUGAACGUAUUGUUUUUGCAAGGUAACAGGCUAAAUUCAUCAAUUCCGGAGUCACUUUCUUACUUGAAAUCUCUUAAUGAUCUUGAUCUCUCCAACAACCAACUGACCGGGCCUAUUCCAGAAAGCCUCUGUGAAUUGCUUCCCAAUUCAAUCAACUUUUCAAACAAUCAUCUCUCAGGUCCAGUUCCUCCCAACCUGAUUAAAGGAGGAUUAGCAGAAAGCCUUUCAGGAAAUCCAGAUCUCUGUGUUUCUGUCUAUUUCAAUUUGUCUGAUAAAAAGUUCCCUGCUUGUCCACAAGUUAACAGCCGCAAGAGGGUGAGCUGUAUCUGGGCAGUUGGGAUUUCAGUGGUCAUUGUAGUUAUUGGAGCUAUCCUGUUUCUUAAACGCUGGUAUAGUAGAGAGAAAGAAGUGAUGGAGCAGGAUGAGAUGUUGUCUUUGUCCUCCUUCUCAUACGUCCAAAACUUCCAUAAGGUCAGCUUUGAUCAGCAUGAGAUCAUUGAGGCCCUGGUAGACAAGAACAUUGUGGGGCAUGGAGGAUCAGGGACUGUGUAUAAGAUCCAGUUGAAUAAUGGAGAAGCAGUUGCAGUGAAAAAACUAUGGAGUCAAAAGACAAAGGACCCUGCAACAGAGGAUCAGCUAUUCCUAGAUAGGGGGCUAAAGACAGAGGUAGAGACACUGGGGAGCAUCAGGCAUAAGAACAUCGUCAAGUUGUACUGCUACUUGUCAAGUUCAGGUUUGAACCUGUUGGUUUAUGAAUAUUUGCCGAAUGGAAACCUAUGGGAUGCACUUCACAGAGGGAGGAAUCUAUUGGACUGGCCCAUCCGACAUCGGAUUGCACUUGGGAUUGCACAAGGUCUGGCUUACCUUCACCAUGAUCUGAUGCCGCCGAUCAUUCACAGAGAUAUCAAAUCAACCAACAUCCUGCUCAGCUCAGAAUACCAGGCCAAAGUUGCAGAUUUUGGUGUCGCCAAGGUCUUGCAAGCAAGAGGAGGAAAGGAUUCCACUACUACUGUUAUUGCUGGAACCUACGGGUACCUCGCCCCAGAGUAUGCUUACUCGUCAAGGGCAACGGAAAAGUGCGAUGUUUAUAGCUUUGGGGUAGUGCUCAUGGAACUGAUAACAGGGAAGAAGCCAGUGGAGCAAGAGUUUGGGGAGAACAAGAAUAUCAUAUGCUGGGUCUCCUCAUGCAAGGUAGAGACCAAGGAAGGAGCAAUGGAGGUCUUAGACAAGAGAUUAUCAGAGUUAUACAAGGAUGAGAUGAUACAGGUGCUCCGCAUUGCCAUCCGUUGUACCUGCAAAGCCCCUGCCCUCCGUCCAACUAUGAAUGAGGUGGUUCAGUCACUGAUUGAGGCAGACCCUUGCAGGUUCGAUUCUUGUAAGUCAUCAAGCAAGAUCAAAUAACCAUCCAAUGCAACCAAUAUUAAGAAUGCACCUGAGUUAUGACUAAUAGAAGGAACCUGACAAGGGAUAAGUAGAAGUAAUAUGGGGACUAGAGAACAGUGUGCUCUUCAAACUAUUGUGAUAAUAUUCUUGAAGAACAGCUUUUUUACUCUCACUGUAAAUAAAAUAGGAGAACUUAGAG